CCUUGUAGCAGUCCUGCCAGUGUGUACCAUGUGCCAUACGACUCAAAUCAAGCUCAACACCACCUUUGGGUAUCACUAAUGCAGUCGGAGGAGUAUAAAAUGGAUCUCGAGAAGCCGGUGGUACCCAGAAUAAGAGCCGAUGAUUGGGUCCCAUUAUCCAUCCAUCUUCUCCUAGCACAAAUGUGUAGGAGGUGCCCGAAAUGAGGUGAUCGUUUGCAGUGUUGGGUGUGGGGAUAGCUGCUGUUGAAUGUGGGAUGCAACUGCCGUGCGAGGAGGCUGGCGAACAAAUGCGAACUCGUUUAUGCACCUAACGCAAUGAUGAGCAAGAGCCUCUAAACCAAUUGGUCAUGCUUUGCAGCGGCAGCCCCUAUUUUGUCUCCUUUACGAUGGCCACCUUAGCCUUCGAUGACAGCUCCGACCCACCUCCCUCGUAUGAUCUGUCCGUGUCAGAAGAUUCCAUCCGGUCUAAACAAUCAGUAUUUUCAUUCUUACAAUCCAAGCAAAAACGCCGCCAAACUUCUGCUCUAUCUCUGAUCCGUGAAAUUGUCUCUUCUCCUGGUUUUGCUGUUUCCUCUGUCGCCCCGAAUAUCAAAUCCUGCACUGCUGCUCUCCCAGCAGCAGAGUUCUCAAAGCUGCUCCAAAAACCCAAUAUCGAGAACCACACAGCGCUGUAUUGGGCGAUUGUAAACAACCGGCGAGAAGCCCUUCUGGAGUUUGUUAAAUUCAUUCCCAAAUUCUCACGUGCUUGUUCUGCCGACUUGCGUCUUGCAUGUAUGGCAGCGAACGACCAUGAUUCAUUUAUGCUACUGCAUUUGGGAGACAAUGAGGUUGAUUCCACGGAUAGGUCUUCGAGACACAUGUUGGGUUGUCCGCGAGAUGACAUUCAAGUCCAUGGAGGGGAUACCCUGAGCGUGGACAGUAACGAAAACACCUUCUCUGUUCAUUUUGUCUUCAGGAUGUUCCAGAAGCGUCUGCGUAUUGCACGGAAAUUGGAAGCAGAAUUUGUUGCCCAGGGACGUAUAUGGGUGUUACGCUUUGAUGUGGAUAUGCUGACAGGGGAUUGGCUUGUUGAGUUUGGUAUUUCUCGAGAUAGCUCGGCAGUGCGCCCAAAUGCUGUACUUGAAAUUCAGGCCAACAAACCGUCACCUGGCUCCGAUGCCAUGCAACCUCUACGCCUCGAUAUGUGUGUAUCGCACAUUCUUGCACCUGGGGAGUAGGUCUAUCAUUCCCACUCAUUUGAAGGCAUACUAAA